UGCCCCUAGCGGUCUGGUCGUGAAUCUAUUCCGGGCAGAAGAAAGAGCGGCUCUUACCAGUUUAUUCCCGUCUCCACCGGUGUCUUUCAGGGGGGUUUUAAAAGAGAGAACUGAUCUAAUUGGAUUAUGAUCUAAAGGAUGCUGAUCUAAACAUGAUCGUCAAAAAGAAAAACCCGGGAAAUCUGUGCCUCAUCCUGACACGCCGGCCUGUGAUGAGUGCAGAUUCCUGACCGACCAUGUGCGCUGUUAGGUAACAUAACGGCGCACAGAGGAGCCACUGCUGAGCCUUUUCCCCUCCCAAAGACAAACAGGAUCUGAACUUUGGGGUCAUGGACUCCCUUUCCAUACCGAGAAGAGACAAUUCUUGAGUGUUAUUAGCGGAAACGGUUAAUAAUAGCUGACAAGAAAGCCAAAUUGUUCUCUUGGUGGAGCCUUGUUCUUUACAGAUGAAACCAGCACAGAGAGACACCAUCCUCUGAAAAACAAUGAUUCCCAUCACUGAGCUGAGGUACUUUGUGGAUACUCAGCCUGCGUACCGCAUUUUGAAGCCAUGGUGGGACGUGUUCACAGACUAUCUGUCGGUCGUGAUGCUGAUGAUCGCGGUGUUUGGAGGGACCUUGCAAGUCACCCAGGACAAGAUGAUCUGCCUGCCUUGCAAAUGGGUGGUAAACGAAACCUGCCGAAAGUAUUUCGAGGCUGCCUUCGAGCCACAGGGAAUCCGAUACGACCUUGACAGGCACCAGUACAACUACGUCGAUGCUGUGUGCUAUGAAAACAAGCUUCACUGGUUUGCAAAGUAUUUCCCAUAUUUGGUGCUGCUGCACACGCUGAUCUUCCUGGCUUGCAGCAACUUUUGGUUCAAGUUCCCUUGGACCAGUUCCAAACUGGAACAUUUUGUGUCCAUUCUUUUGAAGUGUUUUGAUUCUCCAUGGACCACACGAGCAUUGUCUGAGACGGUGGUCGAGGAAAGCGAUCCUAAAGCUCUAGGGAAAAUGAACGGCUCAAUUGACAAAAAGGCAUCAUGUGUGAGUGAAGAUGUGGAGGCCAGUGUUUCCAUGCUGUCCACCACCAAGUCUCGUUUUGAGCAGGGGAUCGUUGACCACUCUGAAAAUGGUGUCCUGGACAAAAAAGAGGGUGAACAGGCUAAGGCUCUGUUCGAAAAGGUUAAAAAAUUUAGGCUCCAUGUCGAGGAAGGAGAUAUCGUCUACAGGCUGUACAUCCGACAAACGAUCAUCAAAGUUGUUAAAUUCAUCCUGAUCAUUUGUUACACUGGCUACUAUGUCCACAAUAUACAGUUCAGCGUUGAUUGCAGUGUGGACAUAGAGAAUCUCACUGGCUAUCAGAUGUUUAACUGCGCCCAUCCGCUUGCCACCCUUUUUAAAAUCUUGGCUUGCUUCUACAUAAGCCUUGUUGUUGUGUAUGGGAUGAUCUGCAUGUACACGCUCAGCUGGAUGCUCCGGCGUUCCCUCAAGAAAUACUCCUUUGAAUCUAUCAGAGAAGAGAGCAGUUAUAGUGACAUUCCGGAUGUGAAGAAUGACUUUGCCUUCAUGUUACACAUGAUCGACCAGUACGAUCCGCUCUACUCCAAGCGCUUUGCGGUCUUCCUCUCAGAAGUCAGUGAAAACAAACUCCGCCAGCUCAACCUUAACAACGAGUGGACCCUGGACAAGCUCCGACAACGAAUCACUAAGAACUCCCAAGAUAAAUUAGAGCUGCAUUUGUUUAUGCUUAGUGGAAUCCCGGAUACAGUGUUCGACUUGCUGGAGCUGGAGGUUCUGAAGUUGGAGCUUAUUCCAGAUAUCACCAUUCCUCCUAUUAUUGCCCAGCUCAUAAAUCUGAGAGAGAUGUGGUUGUAUCACACCCCGGCUAAAAUAGAAGCACCAGCUCUCGCAUUCUUGAGAGAAAAUCUGAAAUCCUUGCACAUAAAGUUCACUGACAUCAAAGAAAUACCUCUUUGGAUCUACAGUUUAAAGAAUCUGACAGAGCUGCAGCUCACGGGGAAUCUCAGCGCUGAGAACAAUCGCUACAUUGUGAUCGAUGGAUUGCGAGAACUAAAGGGUCUCAAGGUUUUAAGACUGAAAAGCAACCUGACCAAACUGCCACAGGUAGUCACAGACGUUGGGCUCCACCUGCAGAAGCUCUCCAUCAACAACGAGGGCACCAAACUGAUGGUUCUUAAUAGCCUGAAGAAGAUGGUGAACCUGACCGAACUAGAGCUCAUUCGCUGUGACCUGGAGCGCAUCCCUCAUUCUAUCUUUAGCCUUCACAACCUGCAGGAGAUAGAUCUGAAGGACAACAACCUGAAAACCAUUGAAGAGAUCAUCAGCUUUCAGCAUCUUCAUCGACUCGUAUGCCUGAAACUGUGGUACAACAAGAUCGCCUACAUCCCCAUCCAAAUAGGGACGCUGAUCAACCUUGAGCGCCUCUGCCUGAACCGGAACAAGAUUGAGAAAAUCCCGAGUCAGCUGUUUUUCUGUCGUAAACUGAGGUAUCUUGAUUUAAGUUACAACAAUCUCUCGAACAUUCCAGCUGACAUCGGAAGUCUUCAGAAUCUGCAGUAUUUUGCUGUAACCGCCAAUCGGAUUGAAAAGCUUCCUCCUGAGCUCUUCCAGUGUAAAAAACUACGCACACUGAACCUGGGAAAUAACUACCUGCUGAGUCUGCCUUCACGUUUCGGUGAGCUGAUCAACCUGACGCAGCUGGAGCUCAGAGGGAACGGACUCGAGUGUCUGCCUGUGGAGCUGGGAGAGUGUAAACUCCUGAAGCGCAGCGGCCUGAUUGUGGAGGAGGCGAUUUUCAAUACCCUUCCCACGGAGGUCAAAGAGCAGCUCUGGAGGGCUGAAAAAGAGGCAGCGUGAGAGCAGAAUGCAUAUGAAGCGUACUGUCGCAUUUGAAUACAGAGCUGUACGGAGAAAAAGAGCACAUGGUGGCACAGAGCGGGGUUUUAGGAUUUAAUAUCGCAAGCAACAGUUAUUAAUGAUAGAGGUGGAGGAGAAAGUAGAGAACAUGCUGACUUGAGUAAAAGCACCACCACUCUGGUAAUACUUCUCUCAAAUAAAACGGUAAUAGUAUUCAUCAAAAGUAGUCAUUUUCUUUGUUUUUGUUUCCUUUCUUGGGUUAAGCCACCAAGUGAGAGAUGCUGAGGACGUUAAACAUUCUACAUUUAUAGAGUGAUAGAGUGUUAUCUAUAGACCAGGGGUUUCAUACAUCAGCAUUUUUUGAGUCUUCGAAUGGCCACAAUGUCAGGACAUUCCUUUAUUGUUUUUUUUUUGUUCUUUUUUGUUCUUUUUUUUUCUGGUAUAAUUUUCAUCAGUUAACAUUAAUAAUAGGCUUUGAAAUUAGAAUAAUGGCUACUUCUAGUAAAAACCAGAAAACAGAAGGGCUAACAAAUUCACGUGUACUAUUAGGUUGUAACAUUUAUUUAUUAAACUGUUUCUCAAAUAUAGGAAAAGUGACAUGACAUGUAGAAAGAUAUUUAAUAAUAACUCGCACAGCCUUAUCUCUGCCAUCUGCCUUGUGAUCAAGACCAACGCCUAACCUGUAUUUUUUUACACUCAACAAACUUAGAAGAUUUCGAUUUUAACCACAGCUUUAAUGCUGAUAGAUGUGAACCCAUGUGCACCGUACAGUCUAGACUCCCAUAUAUGGCUGAUGGAUAUAUAAUGAGUGUGCCGUGAAUUCUAUGUGUAAUGGAAAUUAGUAAUAAGGAGUGUGCUACAGGCAGUUUCAAUAUUGUUGUAUGAAAAGUUCACGUAGGCGAAGCAAACGAUACGGAGGGCUGCAUUCAGGCCCAUGGGCUAAUUGCUAUAACCCAUAGCAGCUUGUUGGUAUAUUUUAUACAACCGGCAAUCACGACUGACACUGAAAUGCUCACUCAGCCAGAAAAUGGCUUACCUGUAGUUUGUUUGGGUGUUAAGUCAAAUCCUGUGGAGAUUUUGGAGUUCAACGCGUUUACAGAUCGUAAUCACAUGUUCAUGAGAACUAUUUAAAACUGAAGAGAGUUGAUCAAUUGUGCCAGGGAUUUUCAUCUGUUCUCACAAGGAUUCUCUGUCUCCAGAUAUAUUUUCUAAUUAGUUGCUCAAUCAUAGCUCAGUGGGUGAGACUUUGGCCUUCGGUCUCUGAGCAUCACCAAGUUGCUACUGCUGGACCCUUGGGCAAGGCCUGUAAUCGUCAGCUGCUCAGUUGUAAAAAUAAUAAUUUAAGUGUAGGUUGCUCUGGAUAAGGGUGUAUGCCGUAUAUGUGAGAUAUAUAUAUUAUACACAGAUCAGGCUAAACAUUAUGACCACCUGCCUAAUUUUGAGUUGGUCCCCCCUUUUCUGCCAAAACAGUCCUGACCUGUCGAGCAUUAACAGCAAUACUUCAGCACUUGUAACUACAGUACCUCUUCUGUUGAAUCGGACUCCCCAUGUGCAUCAAUGAGUCUUGGCUGCUCAUGACCUUGUUGCCGGUUCAACACUUUCUUUCUUGGACCACCUUUGAUAGAUACUGACCACUGCAGACCAGGAACAUCCCACAAGAGCUGCAGUUUUGGAGAUGCUCCAACCCAGACGUCUAGACGUCACAACUUGUCAAACUCGCUCACAUCCUUACGCUUACUCAUUUUUCAUGCUUCUAACACGCCAACUGCGAGGACACAAUAUUCAAAUGCUGCCAUAAUGAAUAGAUAAUCAGUGUUAUUCAUUCACUGGUCAUAAUCUUAUGCCUAAUCAGUGUAUAAAUAUACAUUAUAUAUAUGAUGUUAUGUUAUGUUGAACCACAUACUCACAUACUGUAAUAGGAGAACAUGCCAUUUGAUACGUUCCACCCCUGAUUAAUAGCAUGAAGGAUGCACUUUGUUGUAUUAAGGUGUAAAGUAAAGCACUGCACCCUCUGCUUUCAGGUGUCUGGAUUCAGAAAUAAUGAAAACUGAAAUAUAUUUGGGAGUGCAGUUUAUCGUAAUUCUCCAUAGCGGUGAUAUUCUAUUGAAAACGACUGCACACAGUUCUACCUUCAGUGAAUCAAUGCAUCACGAGCACUUUAUAAUCCUGAUUGUGACCAAGGAUCACAAUUAUUACCUUUAAGGUGCGUUUCAAAGUGUACAUCGGAAGCCUGUAAAAUAAAAUGGAUGGAGGCAAGUAGGAAUUUUAUUUGCAACGUAUAAACGUGAUAACAAUAUUAUUUAGUUUAUUAUGUUACCCAGUCUAAAUGCAUGCAAGACGUGUUUGUGAAUAUGUGUGUGUUUGUACACUUAAUAUAACCUGGCUGUCUUGGCACUGUAAUUGGCUAUACAGCCAUUUUUUUUUAUUAGUUAGAUUAUGAAGAUAAGCUGUUCUGCUUCAUGGAAGGGUUUGUACCCCAGGGUUAAACAUGUUCAUUCAGUCCACUUAAUAAUUUCAGCGGCGAAUCCUUCGUUCGUUUAAGAUAAAAAGGAACAGCUGAGCCACCAGUUCGUACACUGUCCGUGUUUGUGUAUCUCUCCACUAUAGUGUGUGAGACUCGGGUCAGUAUUCGGUGUACUGUAAGUGUUUUUGGAGUGUAUGCAUGUUUACAUCACUCGAAUCAACAAUGCAAAUACGACAAACAUGCUGAAACCUGUACACGCGAUUUUUUCCUGUACACAAACUCACACACACGUGGGUGAAUAUCAAUCUUUUUUUAUAGACGACGACUUUUAUUUUUGCGUUCCGUUAUUCAGUGUCAAAUUGAUAACUUGUGCAUUAUUGUACAACUUCUAUGUUCAGUGUUCCACAUUCACUUUUGCACUUAACCUCACUGAAAUUUACAAAGUUUCCGUUUCAUUUCACCGUGAAGAAAAAUGCACUGCUGAUGAGACAAUCAGAGACAUAUUGUGAAGUGCCAUGCGCUCUGCUGGCCUGCGUUCAUCUUUAUGUAAACCCACUUUAUUAGAAUGAAUGUUGUAGGUCAUGUAGCACUGACUUUUCAUGUAGCGAGUUAAGCUGCUUCUCGACAACCUUUUUUUUUUUUUCAAUCAUGCAUUGUUACUUCAGUGUUGAUGUUGUAUUAGUACAAUACACCGUUCCCUAUAGAGUUUUCCAUCAAAUUAAAGUAUAACUCAGGUAAAUUCUACUCUGCUUCAUACUCACUGGUUCAUGAUUCUGCUUCACCUUCUAUGUGAUUCAAUGCCAUUUCUACUUGUUCAUUUGUAUGACAUUUGCUAUGUAAUGUUUUUUUUUUCUCUCGUUUAAUAUCUUGGAACUAUACCUCCACCUAUAAUUCUCUGGUGACUUUAAGGGUCGUAGUGUGGACUGCUAGCUAGAAAAGUCCACUGAAAUCUUUCUAUCGUUAUAUUAUUUUAUCAUUUAAAACCUUUUAAACACAGAAAAUCUGCAUCUAAGUGUUUUGAAUGUGUACAAUUCUCCUCUUCCAGUCUCAUGCAGUGUAGCCAUUUUCCUCACUGACUAAAAUUAAUAUGAUUUCUUGUACGCUGUUCUUUUUGUUUGUUUUUGCUUGAUUUGCCCGGACAGCACCAACUAGUAUUGUAACAAUAUUAGAUACCACACGUCAUGUACAUUUUAUUAUUCUGGCAUCGGUGUGCGGAUGUUUACAUCCUUUUUUCAUUUCCUAAUCACUUGUCAUUAUGUGGUUAAUGUAAUUGAAAUUUAUUUGAUUGAAAUUUAUUAAACUCGAA